AUGAAACAAGACACACAUGCUAGGAUGAUGCAUUUUCGUCCCGAACCCGUUGCCGCCGCCCACACAGUCGUCUUUCGUGCCUGCCCAACAACUGCACAGGCAGCCGGAUAUUUUGACACUAACGCGAAGCCCCAGGUCGUGGACACGCGCCCCAUCAACGCUCAGCCCAACUUUAAUGACACGAGCGUCGAAAAGUUUGUCCUCCCUGUUGAGGAAUACGAGAAGAAGACAGACUCGGUCCUUGCCUGGAAGAAGGCUCAGAAGCUGGGCCGCUUCGACCCCGACGCCCCAAGCCACGAGCAGGCCAAGAUUGAAGCGUUCGAACGCGACAUUCAGCAGCGCGGCAUCGGCGCUGGUCGUAGGUGCCGCGUUGGCGGCGAUGACACGAGGCGCGGUGUCAUCAAGUAUGUGGGGGAGGUGCCCGCAAUCCCAGGCGGCGCGGGGCCAUGGGUUGGCGUACACCUCGACGAGCCGGUGGGGAAGAACGACGGCAGUAUCCAAGGGACACGUUACUGGGGCGAGGAGUCUGCGCUGAAGCAUGGCGUCUUCGUCCGCCCGGAGCGCGUGGAAGUGGGGGAUUGGCCUGUGCUGGAUGAUUUGGAUGAUAUGGAAGAGAUUUAG